CCUACUGUCGGCACAAUUCAUGUUGGUAAACAAUCCGCGCGCGUGUUUCUCGUCGUUUUCAGUAUCAAAUUCGUGUUUUUGUGCAAAAACUCAUAACUUUUUUCAAACUUUUUAUGGUUUUAAACCGGUACUAAAACAAAACUAAUAUUGUUCGAGCCUCCAGAAAAAAUGUCCCGAAACUUAUGUCGGAUUUGCCUACGCUAUAGCAAAAGCAUGGUGCCGUUGUUCAAAGCAAACAUCGGCGAUAAACGAUUCACGGACCUAAUCUAUCAGCUGUUCCAGAUUGAGUUCGACCCGAGUGCCGCUUAUCCGAGGCGCAUUUGUGAUCUGUGCGUCAGAAAAGUUGAUUUCCUGUACGGCUUCUACGUGGAUCUGCUGAAAAGCCAAGCAUUAUUGGAACCACUGACAAAGCUAAGCCGUAAAGAGGCAAGGAAACUAAUUGAGGCGGAAGGACCAACCAAUUACAGCGAUGGUCUUUUGGGAGUAGUGGAGGAAGUCAGGGUAGAUGAAUGUGACUCAGGAGAGAACUCGGAAGAAGAGGUGCUGGAACCGGAAUUGUCGGUUCUUCCAUUGGUUGAUCGGCAACUAAAGAACCCAGACUCAGAACUAACAGAAUCUGAGCUGCAUAAUGUUGUAAUUGAAGCCGUUGGGUUCGAUGAGGAUCGUCCGGUGGAGGAGCAGUUAAUUGACAUAAAAAUUGAAGCGAUCGAAGAAGAUGAUUUCGUAGUCGAGAAGCUGUCGGAAGCGUACAUCAAGAGUGACGAUGAUGAGGAAGAAUUCAGAGGUUUUGAGGAUCCCAUUCCGAUAAAACUUACGAUGUUGAGCGAAUCGAAACCGAGGCUGCCUAAUCGAAAGGAACGGCAUACCAUCCCAAAGUUGGAUAUUGUUGAGACUAUUCCAAAUAAGUGUUACAUUUGCAAUGAGGUUUUAAAAAAUAAGGACAUGUUUGAUCUUCAUUUGAUUACUCAUAAGAGCAUGUUACCAUAUAAGUGCGAAGACUGUAGCACGAAGUUGGCCCCUGUGCGGAUUAAGACGGUUGUCUUGCUCAAUAAGCAUUUUGAGUCACAUGGUUUUAGCUACUUAUGUAAGUACUGCCCGCUGAAAUUUCGUUCGUAUCCUCCGCUGUACGAUCAUACCAGAAAUUUCCACACCGAACACAAAGAAGGAUUCAACUGUGACGUGUGUGGACAGGUUUUUAUUGAGAUUCGCAAGUUUCAAACACACGUUCGGGCCCAUCGGAAUCAAGAAUCUGAGCGAUACAAGUGUAAAUCCUGUGGGAAAAACUUUCAGACCGGAACCAUUCUCCGGCGACACGAACGCAUUCACAUGGAAAAACCGAUGUUCACUUGUACCUUCUGCGAGCGCACUUUCCACAACGAUGAACAGUACCAAAAGCACAAGAUUCGACAUCUUCAACAGCAACACGAUCAACAGAAUGGCUACACCUGCACGCAUUGUUCGGCUCAUUUUACAAAUAAGGUCGAUUUGCGAAUUCACAUGUUAGUACACUUUCCCGAUAAUCCCAACUACGGCGCCCACAGGGAUCAUCUGCCAGAAACUCUGAAAAAUUCCGCCAGCUAUCCCCGACCCUGUGAAGAACCGGACUGCAAGUACGUGGCCCCGUCAUAUGCUCUCAUGUGGUCUCACUACCGCAAUCACUAUAAGCUUUACCAUUGCCAGGAGUGCACACGGAAAUUUGCAACGGCCACCAUCCUCAAGAACCACAUCGAAGUCAUCCAUAAGAAAAUCCGCAAAUAUCGGUGCGAUAAAUGCCCGAAAACGUUCGCUUACGCCCACAAGUUUAAGGAACAUAUGAACGUCCACAGGGGCAUUAAGAACCACAAGUGUCGCUUCUGCGGCAAAACGUUCACCCAUUGCUCGAACAUGCUCGUCCACGAGAAGGUUCACAAGAACAUCAAAGCCCACAAGUGCGACAUCUGCGGUUCCUCGUACGUCACGACUUCCGCGUUGAAGAAGCACCGCAAAACGCAUCGAACGAAUGUGGUAUCAGCGGUUGGAAGUACCGGCGCCGGCUCGAUCGGGAAGGACAGCGAGCAGUUGGCGGAGAAAGCUGAAGUGGUGGAAGAGACAGAGGAACUAAUUUAUUACAUGGAGAACGAAGACGACGAAGACCUUGGUCAUCAAGUGGAGAUCGAAGAGGAGGUGAUCGUAAAGGAGAUCGUCGAAACGGUGGAAGAAGUGUGAGGAUUGGACAGGUAAUUUGUUUCGAAAAUCAUCAUUGAAUCUUCCCUUUGGCAUUGAAAAACCAAUAUGUAUGACGAAAAAAUGAAACCUAAUGAGAAACAAUUAUUUGAAGCUAAAAAAUAGUAACAAUAAAUGAUAAGGUAU